UCGGAGGCGGUGCGAGGGCUUUGGGCGCAGCCCCGGGCCCGGGGCGGGAGGUCGCUCGGGUCGGGUGUCGCCUGAGAACCGGAUGAGGCGGCGACCGUGAGGCCGAGCCGGGAGCGGGCGUCGCGCCGAGGCCCGGGCGGGCGGGGAGCAACGGCCAUAGACGCCGCGGGGCCGGGUCGUUGAGGGUCGGGAGCGGGCGGGGAGCGCGGGGCGCUCGGGCCGGGAGCCGCCGGCGCCAUGGGCAACCGCGGGAUGGAAGAGCUGAUCCCGCUGGUCAAUAAGCUGCAGGACGCCUUCAGCUCCAUCGGCCAGAGCUGCCACCUGGACCUGCCGCAGAUCGCCGUGGUGGGCGGCCAGAGCGCCGGCAAGAGUUCAGUGCUGGAGAACUUCGUGGGCCGGGACUUCCUUCCCCGUGGUUCAGGAAUUGUCACCCGGCGGCCUCUCAUUCUGCAGCUCAUCUUCUCAAAAACAGAGUAUGCUGAGUUUUUGCACUGCAAAUCCAAAAAGUUUACAGACUUUGAUGAAGUCCGGCAGGAGAUCGAAGCGGAGACUGACAGAGUCACGGGGACCAACAAGGGCAUCUCCCCGGUACCCAUCAACCUGCGCGUCUACUCACCACACGUGUUGAACUUGACCCUCAUCGACCUCCCGGGCAUCACCAAGGUGCCCGUGGGGGACCAGCCCCCAGAUAUCGAGUACCAGAUCAAGGACAUGAUCCAGCAGUUCAUCAGCCGGGAGAGCAGCCUCAUCCUGGCCGUCACACCUGCCAACAUGGACUUGGCCAACUCGGACGCCCUCAAACUGGCCAAGGAGGUCGACCCACAAGGCCUGCGGACCAUCGGCGUCAUUACCAAGCUCGACCUGAUGGACGAAGGCACCGAUGCCAGGGACGUCUUGGAGAACAAGCUGCUCCCCUUGAGGAGAGGGUACAUUGGUGUGGUGAACCGCAGCCAGAAGGACAUUGAGGGCAAGAAGGACAUCCGUGCGGCACUGGCGGCCGAGAGGAAAUUCUUCCUCUCCCACCCAGCCUACCGGCACAUGGCCGACCGCAUGGGCACGCCACACCUGCAGAAGACCCUCAAUCAGCAACUGACCAACCACAUCCGGGAGUCGCUGCCGGCCCUGCGCAGCAAGCUGCAGAGCCAGCUGCUGUCCCUGGAGAAGGAGGUGGAGGAGUACAAGAACUUCCGGCCUGAUGACCCCACGCGCAAAACCAAAGCCCUGCUGCAGAUGGUCCAGCAGUUUGGGGUGGACUUUGAGAAGAGGAUUGAGGGCUCGGGAGACCAAGUGGACACACUGGAGCUCUCUGGGGGCGCCCGGAUCAAUCGAAUCUUCCAUGAGCGGUUUCCCUUUGAGCUGGUGAAGAUGGAGUUCGAUGAGAAGGACUUAAGGCGAGAGAUCAGCUACGCCAUUAAGAACAUACACGGAGUCAGGACCGGGCUCUUCACCCCGGACUUGGCAUUCGAGGCCAUUGUGAAAAAGCAGGUCGUGAAGCUGAAAGAGCCCUGUCUGAAAUGUGUCGACCUGGUUAUCCAGGAGCUAAUCAGUACAGUUAGGCAGUGUACCAGUAAGCUCAGCUCCUACCCACGGUUGCGAGAGGAGACGGAGCGAAUCGUCACCACUUACAUCCGGGAACGGGAGGGAAGAACCAAGGACCAGAUUCUUCUUCUGAUCGACAUCGAACAGUCCUACAUCAACACGAACCAUGAGGACUUCAUUGGAUUCGCCAAUGCGCAGCAGAGGAGUACGCAGCUGAACAAGAAGAGGGCCAUCCCCAAUCAGGGGGAGAUCUUGGUGAUCCGCAGGGGCUGGUUGACCAUCAACAACAUCAGCCUGAUGAAGGGCGGCUCCAAGGAGUACUGGUUCGUGCUGACAGCCGAGUCACUGUCAUGGUACAAGGACGAGGAGGAGAAGGAGAAAAAGUACAUGCUGCCUCUGGACAACCUCAAGAUCCGCGACGUGGAGAAAGGCUUCAUGUCCAAUAAGCACGUCUACGCCAUCUUCAACACGGAGCAGAGGAAUGUCUACAAGGACCUGCGGCAGAUCGAGCUGGCCUGUGACUCCCAGGAGGACGUGGACAGCUGGAAGGCCUCAUUCCUCCGAGCUGGGGUCUACCCCGAGAAGGACCAGGCAGAAAACGAGGACGGGGCCCAGGAGAACACCUUCUCCAUGGACCCACAGCUGGAGCGGCAGGUGGAGACCAUCCGCAACCUGGUGGACUCGUACGUGGCCAUCAUCAACAAGUCCAUUCGCGACCUAAUGCCAAAGACCAUCAUGCACCUCAUGAUCAACAACACGAAGGCCUUCAUUCACCACGAGCUGCUGGCCUACCUGUACUCCUCGGCGGACCAGAGCAGCCUCAUGGAGGAGUCGGCCGACCAGGCCCAGCGGCGCGAUGACAUGCUGCGCAUGUACCACGCCCUCAAGGAGGCACUCAACAUCAUUGGAGACAUAAGCACCAGCACCGUGUCCACACCUGUGCCCCCACCCGUUGAUGACACCUGGCUGCAGAGUACCAGCAGCCACAGGUCUGGGACACUCGGUCACCCGCAUGCCACGGAAGCUGCUGCCUGCAGGCUCCCAGCUCCCUCUGCCUGUCGCCCCACUCCACAGCGCCGACCCGUGUCCAGCGUGCACCCCCCGGGCCGGCCCCCAGCAGUGCGGGGCCCCACGCCAGGGCCCCCUCUGAUUCCCGUGCCGGUGGGGGCAGCAGCCUCCUUCUCGGCACCCCCUAUCCCAUCCCGGCCUGGACCCCAGAGCGUGUUUGCCAACAACGACCCCUUCUCGGCCCCGCCUCAGAUCCCAUCUCGGCCGGCGCGGAUCCCCCCCGGGAUCCCCCCCGGAGUGCCCAGCAGAAGACCCCCCGCUGCGCCCAGCCGGCCCACCAUUAUCCGCCCUGCCGAGCCAUCCCUGCUCGACUAGGCCGUGCAGGGGGCACAUUCUGGGGGCCUUGCGCACCCUCGGUGCAGGAGCUUCGGUGGUCUAGGCCCUUCCGCCACCCCUAGGCCGGGACCAGGCUCCCUGCAGGCAGCCCCUGCUUCUCCCCUCACCCCGGCCUGUCCCGAGAUGGACACCGCAUGAGACAAGGGGCCCUGCAGCCCCCAGUGGGGGGCGCAGGAGUGUUGCACUUUGGGGGAUGGGGUCUCAGGGUCGCAGAGGGGGCACCUGCAGCCUGGGCACCUCCUUGAGAGGUCUAGGCUAGGGUGGCGAGAACUCUGCCAGGGCCUUCUCUGGCCGGGAAAGCCCACGUGGAGCAGGCCUUCUGGUAGCCGGGGUGUCAUGGCUGUCUGUAUCCCCCAGUCCCUGGCGGGGUGCAGAGCUGUGUGUCCACCUCUCACCAGUGGGAGCUCCCCAGUGGCGAGCCAGUCCCAGUGGGUGCAGCGCUGCCAGCCCACCAGGCCCGAGUUGUACAUAGUCCUUUCUUGGCCAUAUUAACCACACAGCCUGAGCCCGGCCGGCCUCGGCUGCCAGAGGUGCCUUCGCCACGCCCGGAACUCCCAGCCCGGGCCAGCCUCGCUGUCUCUGCUCUCAGCCCUGUUCUCCUCCUGGGACCCCAGGGUGGCUUGGGCUCCGGGCUGUGUGGGUUGGGGGGGGCUUUGGAGGCCUCUCAACCCCACCCAGGCCUCUCCCAUGGGGUUGGCCCCGGGCAGCCUCUCUCUGAGCAGACCUCGCUCUCUCCUCGCUCGGUUUGACCACUGUAAGUGCCUGCACUCUGUAUCCUAUUAAUAAACUAAAAUAAAGGGAAGACGCUUCUGGUG